AUGCAUUCUCUUUUUCUCGUUUCUCCAAAUAUGUACUUCGAAAAUCCUAAUAUAUCCAACAAUGGUGCUGAUCGUGAACGAAAGGCAAAGGUUCCACUUUAUCUUCGUAAGACCAAGAAUCUUGAGUCCUUUUGCACAAUGUUUCUCUCCUUCAAGAACCUCUGCAAACAUUGGAGUCUCACAGGCAAUACUAAUGCCAUUGGUGCUCUCGAGUUCGCUCUCUUUGAACAACAUCUUGGCGGCAAUGCCCUCCAUGAGUGGCAAAUCAUAUCAAACAACGCGCCAAGUAAUUCGGUCGCGCAAUUCAAGAAUUCUGUUGACACUUUUAUUACCAGGAUGUCAGCUGGCAAAUCUCCACGGAACAACGCAAGCUCAUUUCUCAAAUCUCCGGCAGUCAGAAAGACUAUGAAAACUGAUGUUUCUGAACACAUUCGGCGACUCGAACUUCUAUGUUUUUAUCACGACAUGCUUCCGGGAACAUCUCAAAAGCUGGAUGAAACUGACAAUAUUUCUGUACUGGCGAAAAAGACGAUCAUCUACAAAUCUUUUCCCAAGCAAUGGCAAGAUCUACUUUGUCAACAAAAAGGACCGAUUGAAGAUCCUUCCAUCACAGUAGCAAUAAUGGAAGAAUACUUUCAAGCUACUACGAUCCGCAUGGACAACACCCUUGCUGCAAAGGAACGACCUUAUCCUAAGUACCAGAAUCAAGGACAGCAGAAUGGUGGAAAUCGUUAUCCACCAAGACCUACGAACAACUAUCAAGGAAGACCAAGUGGCAACAACCAAAACCAGCGUCGUUUUGGAAAUCAAGCUCCAAACAAUCGAGCUCCCAACAACAGACCUCCAGGAAACUCUCAGGGAAGAGGUUUUCAAAAUCAUCAUUAUGCUGAAUCACAUUUCAAUCAAGAAGCGGGAUGCUUCGUUCCGGAUGGAACUGUCCCAGUAGAGGACCAAGGCGGAAUGCCUCAAGGCGGAAUGCCUCAAGGUGGAAUGCCUCAAGGCGGAAUGCCUUCUGCCGUAGAGCAGCAUGCUGAAGAUCAGCCAGAACAAAAUGAUCAAUACUUUGUCCAAGGCCAAUUUGUUCAAUUGUAUGAACAAAAUGAGAAUGCAUCCUCCUCCUGA